GACUCAUUAGAGUUAAAGUGGCAUUGAAUAAGCAACAGGCUGUCUUGCCACUGUAUGUGGUGAGGGUGGAUGCUCCACCAUUGUUUGGCAGAGAGUGGCUUAGAGCCAUCCAACUGAAUUGGAGAGAUUUAAAGACUGUACAUGCUAUUGAGCACACACAGACAGACAGCUUAGAGACUGUGCUAAAGAGACAUUCAGCUGUUUUCUCCGAUCAGUUAGGCACCAUGAAGGGAGUGAAAGCCAGGCUCACUCUCAGACCAAACAGUGUCCCCAAAUUCUGCCAGCCACGCAAUGUGCCAUAUGCCCUCCGACCGCGAGUGGAAGCCGAGCUGAAACGCCUCACUGAGCUUGGAGUCAUCUCACCAGUUGCACACAGUGACUGGGCGACGCCAGUGGUGCCCGUGAGCAAAAAGGACGGCGCCGUGAGACUCUGCGGGGACUUCAAAGUCACCCUCAACCAAGCUCUGUGCAUCGACAAGUACCCUAUUCCACGCAUUGAGGACUUGUUCGCUUCCCUCGCUGGUGGUCAACGCUUCAGUAAGCUGGAUCUUUCCAAUGCAUACCUGCAGAUGGAAGUGGAAGAGAGCUCCAGGAAGCUGCUGACCAUCUCAACGCAGAAAGGACUCUUCACCUUCAACCGCUUGCCAUUUGGUGUAGCGUCAUCGCCCGCCUUGUUCCAAAAGGCCAUGGACCAGGUACUCCUCGGACUGCCAAACACACACUGCUACCUGGACGACAUACUUGUCAGUGGUCCUGACGAGCAGUCACAUCUGAAAACCCUGGAUGCAGUACUCAGCAGGUUAAAGGAGUACGGCCUGCACCUGAAGAAAGAGAAAUGUCUCUUCUUCCAGGAGUCCGUGGAAUACCUGGGCCACAUCAUCGACGCCGCUGGUCUCCACAAGUCACCGGAGAAGGUCCGCGCCAUCAUGGACGCCCCAGCACCAGGCGAUGUGAGUCAACUGCGCUCUUUCCUAGGAAUGUUAAACUACUAUGGACGCUUCAUCCCUGACCUUUCCACCGUGCUUAAGCCACUGAAUGAACUGCUGAACAAAGAAAAGAAGUGGCAGUGGACGUCAGCAUGUGCAGCAGCGUUCCAGAAAGCCAAAACACUCCUAGUGUCACAAGAGGUGCUCACACACUACAACCCUGAGCUGCCUCUCCGCCUUGCCUGCGACGCUUCACCCUAUGGGGUCGGAGCUGUUCUGUCUCACAUCUUGCCGGAUGGCGAAGAAAAACCCAUCGCCUAUGCCUCCAGAACACUCAGCAAAGCAGAACAGAACUAUGCACAGAUCGAGAGGGAAGCGUUAUCGAUCGUCUUUGGAGUAAGAAAAUUCCACCAGUAUCUGUAUGGCAAUACAUUUACUUUACUCACUGACCAUCGCCCGCUUACAACCAUCCUCAGUCCAGUCAAAAGUACACCAUCCAUGGCUGCAGCUCGCAUGCAACGCUGGGCGCUCCUGCUGUCUGCUCACAAUUACACCAUAGAGUACAGAAAAGGGCCCCUACACGCCAAUGCUGAUGGACUGUCGAGGUUACCGCUCCCUCAUGCCCCCAGUGAGACACAAGGUGCAGUGGAGGUGUUCUACACUUCACAGUUGGACACACUACCAGUCAGCAACGCAGAGAUCAAGCGUCACACCAUGUCUGACUCCACCCUGUCCCGUGUCAUGGAGAUGGUCACAACUGGCCGUUUUCCCACUGCAAAGGCCGCUGGAGACGAACUGUCACCCUACCUCCAGCGCCGCCAUGAACUCACUGCCCAGCAAGGAUGCCUCAUGUGGGGUCUGAGAGUGAUUGUACCACCCAAACUGCGCCCCUGGGUACUGUCAGAGCUACACUCAGCACACCCAGGUGUAGUGAGAAUGAAGAGCUUAGCUCGCAGCUACGUGUGGUGGCCCGGCAUUGACUCCCAGAUCGAAGACCAAGCAAAGUCAUGCCACUCAUGCCCCCGAGUACAGAAAGACCCUGGCCCAGCACCUUUACACCCGUGGAUAUGGCCAUCCAGUCCCUGGGAACGCAUACAUGUGGACUUUGCCGGUCCAUUUGAAGGGCACAUGUACCUGGUCGUAGUGGACGCCCACUCCAAAUGGCCUGAGGUACACGUCAUGGACAGCACCACAUCCAGCAAGACCAUCCAAGUGCUUAGAGGACUUUUUAGUCGCUAUGGCAUUCCACUCAGCCUGGUAAGCGACAACGGCCCGCAGUUUUGCUCUGAAGACUUCAGCACGUUCCUGAAAGCCAAUGGAGUCAAGCACAUUCGCUCAGCACCGUACCACCCUGCUUCCAAUGGCUUGGCAGAGCGCUUUGUGCAAACCUUCAAGCACGCUCUGAAAUCUUCCAGAGGAACUAAGCCAGUGCAACAGCGCCUAGAUACAUUCCUCCUGACCUACCGCAACACCCCUCAUGCAACAACCAAGGAGAGCCCUGCAAUGCUCUUCAUCGGACGCAAGCUGCGUUCACGACUGGAUUUCCUGAAACCCAGUGUGGCUGGAGCAGUGCACCAGUCACAGCAGGCUCAACAACAACGACGCGAGCUACACUCCAAGCAGAGACAGUUUGCAGUUGGCGAGCCAGUGCUCGUGCGUGAUUACAGGAGAGGGGAGGAUAAGUGGAUGCCUGCUGUGGUGAUCGAGAAGACCGGACCAGUGUCCUACAAGGUAAAUGUGGGAACACAAGGGGUCUGGAAGCGUCAUGUGGACCAGAUGCUGGCUCGGCCCGAGUCAGAUCCACCAGAGUCUGUGAGUUUUCCAGUUACACCAUCACAGACAACCACACCUGGUACCACACCUGACACAAAUACACCUCAACAGAAGGAGGAUACUGAUACACACACACCACAUGCAUCACCCAAAACACCCAAGACACCACCACAGUCCAUAGAAAUGACACACGCAGAACAUUCAGAGACAACAGGGACUGUACGACGGUAUCCUGUGAGGAUCACCCAUCCGCCAGUACGUUAUGGACAUGAAUGAACUUUUUGUUAUGGACAUGAAUGAACUUUCUUUUAAAAAAAAAAAAAAAAAGAAAAGAA